AUGGCUCAUUUGGCUUUUAUGGCUUCUUCAGAUGAUGCAUCCCACAUACGUCGCAUUGUCGAAUCAAACCCCUUGCUGGAGUCAUUUGGAAAUGCGCAAACAGUGCGCAAUGAUAACUCCAGUCGGUUUGGAAAGUUCAUAGAGCUACAGCUAAACAGCGAAUGCAGGUUGGAAGGCUCCAAGUGUCGGACCUAUCUGCUGGAGAAAUCCAGAGUUGUUAGCCAGGACGCAGGUGAGAGAAACUUCCACAUUUUUUAUCAGAUGCUUGCUGCAGAUCCAGAAACUCGUGCAACCAUUGGCUUGGGUGAUAGUUCCUUGACUAGGGGCACUUUGAGAUACACAAGCAUGGGUGCUUCCAAGACCGACACCAUUGAGGGUAGAAGUGAUGCUCAGUCCUUCAAGGGUACAACUGAUGCCCUGGCCCUCCUAGCAAUUCAGGGGGACAAACUGACGCGACUGAUGCGUUCUUUGGCUGGCGUUCUUUUGUUGGGGCAGUUGGACUUCGCUGGCAGUGAAGAAACUUCACAUGUGGCAGAUGCCUCGAAACAAGCUGCUGCCAGGGCUGCCGAGGUGUUGGCUGUGAACGUGAAUGAGCUGGAACGAUCGCUGACCCACCGCACCAUACGGAUGCGCAAUGAGUCUGUGGUGAAGCAACUUCCGCCAGGGAGUGCCACGGGAAACCGUGAUGCCCUUGGAAAAGAGAUUUAUGCCAGAGUUUUUGACUGGCUAGUGGAGCAGAUUUGUUUAGCUACAGGUGCACCACCGGAGCAGGCAAAGUGCUUUGUAGGUUUGCUAGAUAUCUUUGGCUUCGAGUCAUUCGCCAUCAAUCGUUUUGAGCAGCUCUGCAUCAACUAUGCCAAUGAGAAGCUGCAACAAAAGUUCACACACGAUGUAUUCAAGGCUGUGCAGCAAGAAUACACUGCUGAAGGCAUUCCAUGGGACCGUAUCGAAUUCAAGGACAAUGCACCAAUCCUGGCUCUGAUUGAAUCAAAGCUUGGAAUUGUUGCCAUGCUGAAUGAAGAGUGUGUCAGACCCAAGGGCUCAAAUCAGAACUUCGUUUCCAAGCUGGUAUCAGUCCAUAAGGAAGAUCCCAGUUUCUCAGCCCCAAAGUUGGGUAAGUUGAGAGAGCUCCAGUUUUGUAUUCGUCACUAUGCAGGCGAGGUGAUGUAUACAGCUGAAGGGUGGCUGGAUCGCAACAACGAUGCAGUUUCUGAGGAUCUUCUGGCAUUGAUGCGAGGCUCUCAAAACGAGUUGCUGGCCUCUCUAUUUACCGAGGAGACCAAGGCCAAACGAGACACUGUGGCCACCAAGUUUAAGAUCUCCCUGGCGCAGCUUAUGGAGACCAUUGGACAGACCACCACACAAUAUGUGAGGUGUAUCAAACCCAAUCAGAACAAAUCCCCAGUGGAGGUGAACAACGAGAUGGUGGUGGAGCAGUUACGCUGCGCAGGGGUCAUUGAAGCCAUUCGCAUUUCCCGGGCCGGGUUUCCAGCACGGAUGCCUCUCAAAGAAUUUGCGCAGCGCUUUCAAUUGCUGGUUCAAAGUUACAUUUGCAAAGGGCUCCUACAAUUUUCUGUAAAGAUGCCUGUUGUGAUGGGCACCGACCAUGGAGAGAACUGCAAGAAGAUCUUGUCCUCGCUCCUGGGUAAAGAUGAAACUUACCAAGUCGGCCGCACACGGGUGUACUUUAAAGGUGGGGUUUUGGAGUCGUUGGAAGAGAAGCGGGCGCUCUUGAUUCAAGCUGCAGCCAUUGAACUUGGACGACGAAUCCGGGGGCACCAGGUUCAGAGGCGCUUUGAGCAGAUGAAGCAUGUGGUGCGUCGGAGCCAGGCCAUUUGGCGCAUGAAUUUGGCGCGGAGCAGCUACCGCCGGGUGCGCCGCGUCGUGUUGUUUUGCCAGACCCGGCGGAGGGCAGUGCUGGCGGCGCGGAGGCUCCAGGAGCUGAGGCGUCACAAGGCGGCAGCCAGACUCCAGGCGCAGUGGCGACGCCGUGAGGCGAUGAAACAACUGGAUGGAGCUAGGAAGGCAGCCAUUCAGAUACAGGCACUGGCCAGAUGUUGGAUGUGUAAACGACACUAUUUGGUCAGCUUGGCUGAGUUCAAAGAACAGGCCAAAUUGGAGAACCAGGUCAAAGCCUUGAAAGCCAAGCUUGAAGCACAGGAGCGCCAGGCUGCCAGUGCAGCAAGUGCAAAUUCCAGCGAGGCCACUCAGGCCCCUGCUGAGAUUCUGGAAGCGUUACAAGCUUUGGGAGCUGAAAAUGCCAAGCUGCACAUGGAGCUGGAUCGCUUGCGUGAAGAGAAUGACAAGCUGCGGAGGGAGAACCAGAAGUUGAAAGCAAUGGACACCGCUCGCGGUGCAAAAUUAGCUUCUUACAACCGUUCCAGGAAGUAUGAUGAAGAACACAAAGGUCGAGACAAUGCCUCGGAGUGUGACCGUGAGGAGCUUCACACCAUGUCUGAGACAACCACUAUGGCAGCCACGGCUGAGAGUGCUCCAGGCGGCCCAGUGCGUUCUUUGCAGCUCUACCCACCUCUCAAUGAAUUUUGGGAAGAUGUUCCUUGCGUAGGAAUCCCAUAUUUACAAACAGGUUCCUUAGUCCACCUGAAGCUCGGAGCCAAUGUGCUUUUUGUGGACAUCCACGGCAAGAGUCUCAUGUGGCAGGCCUGGAUGAGCAACCACACGGGUUACAGGAACUCUAUGGGCUUUAUUGUUGAACGUUGUGCCGAGCAAGAUCAGAAGCAGAAGACAAAGAGAUCUUCAAUUUGGGGCGGUCCUUCCAGUUCGCCGAAAGAUACUACACCUCGGCCCGGAUCAAGCACAGGUGACUGCAUUGGUGAAACGUUUGUUCUGCGAUCCAGUUGGACGACAAAGUAUGUAAAGAUGGGUGGCCUCUUGGACUGGUAUUGCUUGCAAGUUUCAGGCAAGAGUGUGGAUGAUGCAGCUGUCUUCACUUGUAAACCUGUUUAUGCUGGUGCUGAAUCCUACAGCUUUGCUUUAAAGCUACACGGCAAGGACAAGUACCUUUGCUUGCAGAAUGAUGGCUCUGUUGCUAUGGAGAAAGUUUCUGACGUGGAAACUUCCCCCAACAAACAGAAUAUCAUUGCUGGCUUUGAGUGUUUGCUGCCUGCCACCUCAUAUGAUAUUGUGAUCUAUGAGCAGCAGAUUGGCCUCACGGUGAGCAAAGACUUGCCUCUGCGUGUGGUAGGCUUCAAGAAUGUUCAGGGUGCCCCUAACGGUGGUCGGCCUCAUGAAGCUGGUCCCGCGGAGGCCAGUGGUCGUGUUCGAGUGGGAGACGUGAUCACCAACGUGAAUGGCAAGGACGUGACUAGGUCGCAACGCGAAGAAGUGCUGAAUCUGAUCAAUGCAGAAAGGCCUGUGACUUUACGAUUUCUUUCGAUUGAUCCCACGUAAAUGGAAAUGCCUUGCGCCAAAGGAUUCCGCGCGAGGUCAGU